AUGAUCUCCAAGGUUCUGAAGGGGGAUAACUAUACAGCAACGACUCAUUUCAUUCUUCUGGGAUUUCCGUCACGGCCAGCUAUCCAGCUGCUCCUCUUCUCUGUUUUCCUGACAAGCUACCUGCUGACACUGCUCGAGAAUUUUCUCAUCAUCCUGGCCAUCCGCAGUGAUGGACAGCUGCAUAAGCCCAUGUACUUCUUCCUGAGUCACCUCUCUUUCCUGGAGAUGUGGUAUGUCACAGUCAUCAGCCCCAAGAUGCUGACAGACUUCCUCAGCCGCGACAAGAGCAUUUCCUUCAAUGGCUGUAUGACUCAGCUUUACUUCUUUGUGACCUUUGUCUGCACUGAGUACAUCCUGCUCGCUGUCAUGGCCUUUGACCGCUACGUAGCCAUUUGUAAUCCACUACGCUACCCGGUCAUCAUGACCAACAAGCUUUGUGGUGUACUGGCAGGGGGCUGCUGGGUCUGUGGCCUCCUGACAGCCAUGAUUAAGAUGGUCUUUAUUGCUAGACUCCGCUACUGUGGCACGCCCCAUAUCAACCACUACUUCUGCGACAUCUCUCCGCUCCUCAAUGUCUCCUGUGAGGACUCCUCACAGGCCGAGCUGGUUGACUUCUUCUUGGCCCUCAUGGUCAUUGCUGUUCCUCUUUGUGUGGUGGUGGCAUCUUAUAUCACGAUUCUCACCACUAUCCUUAAGAUCCCUUCUGCUCAGGGGCGCAAAAAGGCCUUCUCCACUUGUGCCUCUCAUCUGACAGUUGUGACUCUCUUCUACUCUACCACCCUUUUCACCUAUGCCCGCCCCAAGCUUAUGUACGCCUACAACUCCAACAAGGUGGUGUCUGUUCUCUACACUGUUAUUGUCCCACUGCUCAACCCCAUCAUUUACUGCCUGAGGAACCGGGAAGUAAAGGCAGCGCUCAAGAAGACCAUUCUUUGCAAAGGAAGUGGACCCAGGGAAGAUGUAGCUUUGAGUAAUUAA